UUUUUUCAUAAAAGGUUAAUUUUAAAUUUUUACUUGAAGAAGACGAACAAGUAUAAAAAAAUGAUGAAGUUUUACACUCCUCUAAUUUUUUUCAUUGGACUUUUCAUCUUAGACGUCAAUGGUCAACGCUGUUCAAGAGAAGGAGGAUGGUGUUUAAACGAUCGACAAUGUUGUGGAAUACUCCAGUGUAAUACAAGGGAAGAAGUGUGUCUAAUAAACAGAGAUUUAUAUUGUGCGCUUGAAGGACAAAUGUGUCUCAUCAAUGAUGCACAAUGCUGUUCAUUUCUCCGAUGCAAUUUGAAUAAUAAUGCUAGAUGUGAAAGAAGAAAUUGCCUUCGAGAUGGACAACAAUGUCGUACUGAUCGUGAAUGUUGUUUAAAUUAUAAAUGCAAUGAAAGACGUAAAAGAUGUGAAAAAACAACAGAAAAUUGCACUGGAGAAAAUCAAGGGUGUACGAAUAGCAAACAAUGUUGUGGCAUUCUCCGAUGCAAUGAAGAAAGCAAAACAUGUAGAAGAAGAUUUGAAUGAGAAUCUAAAUUUUUCAAUUCGAUAUUCUUUGGACAAAACGAGUCAAAGGUAAUGUCACGGUACCGUGACUUAUUUAACAAUAAAUAAAUAAUUUUUUAUAUUAUUUUUAAUUAAAUAAAUAAAUAUGUUUGUAAAUAAAUGAUUGUUUAUAAAUAAACAAUUAUUUAGAAACAAAUGAAUGUAUUUCCAAAAAAAAGAAUUGUUAAUAAAUAAUAAUUAAUGUUUAUAAAAUCAA